CCGACGAAAUUCGUCGAAUAAGCGAUUCAUCCGAACACAUCCGAAUAAUCCACCACACGGAUUUCUAGGUUUCUACUGCUCCCCAACAGUGAAAUCGAAGGUCUCGACGAGUGAAUAGUGGGAAAUAAAAUUCAAGUGAUAAUAUUUUCUGCAUUUACCUAGGGGUUUUUAAUUCAUCUGGGAAUAUAAUAUCUUCAUGUGACGGUGGGGAUAAUUAAUUACGACGUUGAUGAGGGGGAGACAGUGGUGUCGACUAAUAAGUGAAUUUUAUUAUUUCGUCAGAUUGAUUUUAUAAAUUUUAAUUCGCAAUUUAAUUAAUUAAAUAUCUGGAUUUUUCGGUUUUCGUUGACUCAUCAUCAUCAGCAUGAAUAAAAUAUUGGGAAUGAACUAUUGCACAGUUUUCUCUGUUCUUAGAAGUCCCGAGGAGGGUGAAUCAUUAAAGCGAAUCGUCGAAAAAAAAUUGGUGAAUUAAAAAAAAAAUUGAAAUUUUUUUUCUUUGAGAAGAAAAAUUGUGGAUUUUUUUAAUUCCACGGUCUGGGGGACAGCUGCAGAAUUUUGUGGAUUUCACGUCGACUUCUAAUAAUAGAAGAGGCGGAAAGAGGGCAGGAAAAAUUGUGAUUUAGCAGUUUUGGUUACGUAAAUUUUUUUUUACAAUUUCAAUCGACCUGUGAAUUUUUUUUUCCUCAUUAUCGAUUGUCGAGAACGUUUACACGUGCCAGGUGCCACCAGUCACUGUUCUCGAGACUAUUGUGAUUUAUUGACAUUCGUCUUGCGUGUGGAAAAAAAAGUGUAAAAAAAUUGGUGAUAGUAAUUAAACAUCGUGUUAUUAAGAGCGCUGAUUGUGUUGAUAAAGUAAAUGAUUAUCUACCUCUACAGACACAAAGAAAAAAAUUAUUACAAAUAGACAAUCUUAAUUCCAAUAAGGACUAAACGAAAAUUCCCUAGACGGUUCUGUCGAUAAAACAGACAGAAAGUGAAUUUUUACACUAGAAAAUCCCAAGGAGUUGAAAAAUCCCUAGGAAAGGGAAAUAUUUGCCGAUCUCGAGAGACGGCAUUUCGAUCCUAAUUAUCUCCAGUGAUGUAUUUGCGAUCGAUCGACAAAAAAGGGUGCGAAAAUUUCCAAAAGGCGCAAUUUCCCCUAGGAUCAGGUGGAAAUACCUCACCUAUCGACGAAGACUCCCCACAAUUGUGCCCAACAAUUAUCCAAUCAAUUGCAUUACCCCGAGGUAUGAGUGAGGGUGAGCGUGCUGUUACAACUCCACGAAUUGGCUGGAGAAAACUAACCGAUCCCGGUGAUUGACACAAAGACAAUCAAGCAAUUACAACGAUACGAUAGCAUAAAUUGAUUCAUCAUCGAUCGUCAUUGUCGGGCAAAUUAUCUAGGGAUUUUCACGGUUAUUUUGUUGAUGUACUGAUGGAAUCGAUAGUGAAAUUGUACGUGAUCGAUGAUUUGAUGAGGGAUAUGAGGAUGGCGGGCAAUCGGUGUCGGUAGCAGACGGGGUUUAUCGAUUGUUGGUUACGGGAAAGGGGUACAUGACCCUGGUUGAAGGAUCCAGGGGGUUGGAUCCAUUGAUAUUGAUCUUGAGAGAUCGAUCAAUCGAACAAUUGAUCGGUGGUGGCAGUAGGGGCUGAGGACUCAUUGUUGAAUCAUUCUUAAAGACAAUAAGUGGUUUGAGUGGUAGUCUAGGGAAUUUAGUGGUUAAUGAGAGAUUCAUCCAAGGAUUAGAGUAACUAGUGGUGCGAAGGGAUUGAGGUUUGGGGAGUUUUUGUCGGAAGGGGAGGUGGUAACCAUGCCGACAACACCGAAGAAGCUCAAUUUGAGCUUUGCGAAGAAUGCGUACAGUGUCUUUGGGGGCAAAAGGGCGGGAAAUGGGGAGGAACAACGCACGGAACAGAAAACUGAGUUGUUGGAGGGAACUCGAGGCAAUGGCCUCUUGCACCUCAAGAAUGGUGUGGACUACAUCAAUCCCGGGGAGGAGGACCAAAUGGAAAUUUAUGGAUACAAGAGGAACAAGGCACGUACCAUUGCCACCUGGUUUUUUAUCAUCAUCACCGGAGGUCUCCUUCGACUAGUCUUCCACUGGGUGCCGCAUCUGAUGCUCCUCGCGACGCAUUCCCAAUGUCCGAUGGAGGAGGCAGAGACAGUUCUCCUGAUCGAACGAUUCCAAGGAAAGCACACGAGUUACUACGUGAAAAGGUUGAGGACCAUGACAGCCAAAGAAAUGUCGAAAAACAUCGAUGAAGACUCUCUGAUUGACGAGCCCUUCUCCGACGCCGGAAGCUUAGAUAGUGUAUCAGUGGGUGGAGAGGAGCCUAUGCUUUCUGUACAUCUGAUGGGGGGUCAAUUCAAGGCGGUGCCAUCAAUCAUCACCUUCAACUGCAAAAAGUUGACGUACAUCUGGGACACAGAGCGAUCAGAAUUUAUGAAGCUAUCAGGCCUCGACAAUGGCGUGUUAACGUCAACCCUCCAUCAGAUGCCCGGUCUUAAUUCCCUCGAGCAAUUUCUUAGACGAAGUGUUUACGGCAACAAUGAAAUUGUCAUUCCAGUGAAGAGUUUUGUCACUCUUCUCUGUCUUGAAGUACUUAAUCCAUUCUACGUCUUCCAAAUAUUCAGCUUCUGUCUGUGGAUUGCUGAUGAUUAUUAUUAUUAUGCUAUGGCUAUUAUUUCGAUGUCGUGCUUUGGUAUUGGAAUGGCUGUUCUGCAAACUCGAAGCAAUCAGCACAAACUGUCGUCAACAGUCCACUCCUCCGACGUUGCCACAGUAAUGCGUGACCGUACAACCGGGAAAAUAGAUUCCGUCGCAGCAGAACGUCUGGUACCCGGUGAUAUCCUGGUGAUUCCUCCCCACGGUUGUCUAAUGCCCUGCGACGCAGUCCUUCUAACCGGCAACUGUAUCCUAAACGAGUCCAUGCUAACCGGUGAGUCCGUCCCAGUAACAAAAACCCCAAUUCCCUCCUCCAACGAGAUCACUUACGAUACUAAAGAACAUGCCCGUCACACCCUCUUCUGCGGCACAAAAAUCAUUCAAACACGGUAUUUCGGGGGUGAGAAGGUCCUCGCGGUUGUCGUGAGAACGGGAUUUACCACGAGCAAGGGUGGUCUUGUUCGGUCGAUAAUGUACCCACCGCCGGUUGAUUUCAAAUUCGAGCAGGACUCGUAUAAAUUCGUGGAACUCCUCGCGUGCAUCGCGAGUAUCGGCGUCAUUUACACGACCAUAACAAAAGCUCUGAGGGGCGUUGCCCCCGGGCAUAUAGCCCUCGAGGCUCUCGACCUCAUCACCAUCGUCGUUCCUCCGGCUCUGCCGGCGGCCAUGACAGUCGGUCGCCUCGUCGCUCAAAACCGCUUGGAGAAGAAGCGAAUUUACUGCACAAGUCCCAGAGCAAUCAAUGUUUCGGGAUCGAUCGACUGCAUCUGCUUCGAUAAAACGGGAACACUGACUGAGGAUGGCUUGGACAUGUGGGGGGUUGUACCGGCGGUCGAUAAGAAGUUUCAGAUUCCGACGAAGAAUAUCGCGAGCCUUCCCGCCAAUGAGAUGCUCGUGGGGAUGGUGACCUGCCACGGGAUCACAAUUAUCGACGGGUCACUUGUGGGUGAUCCCCUGGACCUGAAGAUGUUUGAGUCCACGGGGUGGAGCCUCGAGGAGCCCGACGUCUCUGAUAACUCCAAGUUUUCGAUGAUGUUUCCGACGAUCGUCCGACCUCCGAAGAAUUCGCGACUCUUGCAAACCCCGAAUCACGAUUCGGGGUUGUCCCGGGUGAGACAGAACUCGGUAACUUCCGAAACUAUGGAGGAUCUCUCACUCACUAACCUCGCGGCGUCAGACGCGGAUCUAGCCGAACAAGGAUUGGAGAUUGGUAUCGUCAGACAGUUUCCGUUCACCUCGAGUCUCCAACGUAUGAGUGUUAUCACGAGAACCCUAGGAGCGAACCACUUUGAUCUCUACUGCAAGGGCAGCCCGGAGAUGAUCCUCAGUCUUUCUAAGCCAGAAUCAGUACCCGCGGAUUUCGCUUCUGUUCUUCAGGAGUACACGUCAGAGGGUUACAGGGUUAUCGCAUUAGGUCACAAGUCCCUGAAUCGGUUGACCUACACUAAGGUCCAGAGGAUCAACCGAGAGGCUGCUGAAACUGACCUCUCCUUCCUCGGGUUCGUCGUCUUGGAGAAUCGGCUGAAGCCAGAGACAACCCCCGUCAUUCAGGCACUCAACUGUGCGUGCAUUAAGAUUGUGAUGGUGACCGGUGACAACAUGCUCACCGCGUUAUCAGUGGCCAGAGACUGCGGAAUGCUGACCCCUGGGAUGCCGGUGAUCGCGGUGGCCGCUGUGACCCAGCAGAACCAACAGAAACCUCAUUUGUACUUUACGCGGAGUGAUAGCCAGCAGUCACCGAUGUCACCCAAUGGUCAAAGCAGCAUCAGCGAGAUGACUGACCUCAACAGCAUCACGUCCUUCGAUACAAUAGAGAGUGGCUUUGUGAACAAUACAGCAGACAAUGGGGUAUAUCUAUCUGACAAGGUACACAGCAGCAACAAGUACGUCUUCUCGUUGACUGGGAAGACUUGGUCGAUGAUAAAGCAGCAUUACCCGGAGCUAAUUCCGAAAAUCACGACACGUGGAACUAUCUUCGCGAGGAUGUCACCUGAUCAGAAGCAGCAGCUCGUGCAGGAGCUGCAAUCGUUGGGGUACUAUGUGGCGAUGGUGGGGGAUGGGGCCAAUGACUGUGGAGCCCUGAAAGCCGCGCACACUGGGAUCUCUCUGUCUGAUACAGAAUCAUCAGUGGCUUCGCCGUUUACCAGCAGGGAGACCAACAUUUCGUCCGUUUUGUCUGUCAUCCGCGAGGGCAGAGCCGCUCUGGUGACAUCCUUCGGAAUCUUCAAAUACAUGGCUGCAUACUCCUUGACCCAGUUCAUUUCCGUAAUGAUCUUAUACAGCAUCGAGUCGAACCUGACCGAUAUCGAGUUCCUCUACAUCGAUCUCUUCAUCAUCUCCAUCUUUGCUUUCUUCUUCGGGAGGACAGAAGCUUAUGAUGGGCCCCUCGUCAAAACUGCUCCGUUGACGAGUCUCAUCAGUACCUCCCCCAUACUUAGUCUCGUUUCUCAAAUGAUCAUCGUCACUGUCUUCCAGUCCAUGAGCUUUUGGCAUCUCAAACAGACAGACUGGUACACUCCGUUCAACUCAACUGCAACCACGAACAAAGAUGAUGUCGGCUGUCUGGAGAAUUAUACUGUGUUCAUUGUCAGCUCUAUGCAGUACAUCAUCCUCGCGGUGGUGUUCUCGAAGGGUCAUCCAUAUCGAAAGUCUCUCUUCACGAAUUAUGGACUUCUCGCGUCGUUCAUCCUCACUGCACUCUUCUCGGUGUAUCUCGCGGUCUGGCCGUUUGAUUGGCUAGCCAUGAAGUUUGAGCUAGUUCUCCCUGAGGAUAUGGGCUUCAGGGUCAUCCUCAUCAUCUACGGUUUCGCCAACUUCGUUAUAUCGAUGGUCGUUGAGCACCUGUUCGUCGAUUACCUAGUCUUCAGAAAACUUAGGUAUCGUUGGCAUGACGUCGACAAGUCCAAGCGAAAGUUUCUGGCGAUCGAGCGUGACAUGGCGAAGAACCUAAAAUGGCCGCCUGUGUCGCAAGAGCCUCUGCCGGAAGCUGCGCCGGAUAUCCUUAUUCGACAGAACACUGUGACGGAGAUCAAGAUCGAGAAACGAAUUCCGGAGGGACGAGAGGUCGAGCCGACCUUUCUCAACUCACCCACCUCCCUCAAUUUCAAACGAUUCGGGUCUGCACGCGAAGUGACCUUGAACGCAAGAUCACUUUUUAAUGACCAACGGAACACCGUCUCGAUGCAAGCCGUUCCCAUUCGGUUUGAGGAUCGAGAACUGGAUAAUGUGAGACGACCCAAGCUCGAUCUUCCGUUGAAGAGACGGCACAAUUCCGAGUCUGAAAAUGGCAUCGACAGCUGCGGGGGACACAGACUCUGGCAGAUAAACCCGAUCGCUACUUUACCGAGGGGACAAUGUAAUCAGGGGAAUCACAAAGUCACAGAGUUCUCGAGGAUUCAUAAGAGCGAGGAUCUAGGGGGUGGGACGCAGAGCGUUGUCGAGUUGGAUAUCCUGCCUUCCUGAGGAAGAAUUCCUAGGGGAAGGGGGGGUCGGCCAUGAGAGAGGCGGAGGGGUGAUGGCACGGUGCUAGGUUGUUUUUAAUCAUGAGGAUGUUAGUGCAUUUAGAAUCGAUUUAAAGAGAUUUAUAAUUAAUUUUUUUUUUUUGACGUAACUCACCAUUUUCCGGAGGGGUAUCCCCGGGUCCCUUUUGACCCUGAGCAUUGUUAUUGAUAUAGAGUAUUGAAUAUCCCAAAUGUUCUUCAUUUAAAGUAUUAUUAAGUUUGUUAGGAGAGUAUUUUUUAGGGAGAGAGGGAGUCGUUGAGGUUAAGAUGACAUAACCUCAAAGUUGGUUAGAGAGUUGGACCACUUGGAAUUAACAAAAUGGAGGAUUAAUUUUGAUAUUCAUGAUUAAUUCUCGAUUUUUAAGAAUGUAUUCAAUUCAUUUAAUAGGAUAUAAUUAAGCGUAGGUACUUAUUAAGUAAUGUGAGAAAAUAGGGGAGGAAAUUCUGUCUUUCCAAUGUUCACCGAAAAUGUUUUCUUUCAUUCAUUAUUUUGUGAGGACUAAUCCAAGUGCCAGGCGCAUGGAAAUGAUUAUCAAAAAAUAAUCUAGGGUACAACCUCUCAUUUCUUAUAUCGUCGGUCCGCCCUUUUGAAUAUGAAAGGCCAGGAGAAAUACAAGAAAUGAGAAGAAAUAUUGUAAUUAAUUAUUACGACUAAAUAAUUGACUAAAAAAAUGUUUAAAAGUGUGAUUUUUUUCGAGCGAGUUGAGGAUCUUAAUGUGUACUUAUAAAAAAUGUUAAAAUAGAAAAAUAAAUGUGCAUUACACGAAUAUUCCCGCUCACUCCAGAAGUGAUCGCAGUAGAUGGUGAAUGAUUAAAUAAAAGAAUUGAUUAAAGAUGAUGAAUGAUUAGAGCAGUCUGGAAUAAGAUAUAUUUGUAACGCAUAUAAAACAACUGUCUUUUGAUUUUUGUUACAAAGAAUCUGUACUUUUUAUUAAACCAUUUAUUUAUUUAUUAAUUAAUGGUGAUUAAGGCUAAUUACUUACAAUGAAAUAAAAAUCUUUUAUCAUUAA